UACGCGCGUGGUAGGUGUCUCACGAUUGGAGUAUUAUUGGCCGCUAUCGGGUGUGUGUGUGUGCGCGGAAAAAGGACCCCGGAAAAGGUCGGGUGAAUUUGAUUGAGGUAUUUUUUGUUGCUGUCUAGAUAGAGUCGUCUGGGUGGUGGGGACCGAUCGCACGGCGACCAGAAGUUACAGGCGAGGCCGUGGCUGGCCAUUGCUGCAGUGGAAAUUAUCGCUUGGCCUCGCGCACGAUUCGCGUGGAAUUUGUUUGGUUUUUUUCUGUUGCCGAUGUGAGAGAAAUCUGGCGAUUGUGAGUGAGGGUGGACGUGGACGUGAUUCGAAACCCGCACCCCCAGGAUAUUGCGCUGGCGAGGGUUGUCUAAGCCCUGAAUGGAUGUUUUUUUUGGUUCCGGUGAGAAAGUUUUCCCCAAAAGGAGGGUGGUGACGGAGCAGGGUGCAGAUCGAAUUUGAGUGCGGGUAGUCGAAAUAUGGUGCACUCUUUGAUGAGUAUUGACGGUAGUGGAAAGCGAACUCUUGCUCCAACCCCAAAAUAAGGAUAUCCGGUGGUAGUGGCUUUGAUGUGUAUGUGGAGAUUGAUGGAGUGAAGUGUCGUUCGCUGAUGAUGGUGUGAAAUAUUGAACGCAAGGCCCGGUUUUUCAUUGAACGCAAGCUUCAAUAGCAUGUGAGUUCGUGGAAAUCCUAGUGCCAGUACGCCAGAAAAAAAAAGAGAUUCAAAAAUCGAUUAUGAUUAAAACAACUGCGACCGGCAGUGGUAGAAGCACACCCGUAGCAGCAGCACCAGCAGCACCAGUAGCAGCAGUGUGACGUGGUCGAAUGUUUCAUUCAAAGGAUUCAACAGAGCGUAAUCGCGGGACGAGUCGCUUGGCGCCGUGAUUGUAAAAAAUCGAAACGUGAAAUCAAAUUAAGUGUGAAAAUUGAUCGAAAAUCGCUUCCGAAAGUGCCAAUCCACUUGGGUCUGGCCUGUGCUGGCUGAAGCAAAAAAAAAAAGAGUGAAGUCAUAAAAACGAAAACAACAUAGCCGUAGGCGCCAACGUGUAUUUUCUAUCAGGUCACACACGCGCACACACACAUGUACGCCAUAUGCGUGAGUAGGGCACCAAAGUGAGUCUCCGCUUGGGGAGUGGGAUUCCGGAAAAUCCGGAACGCAGGAGAUAACGGUGCCUGAGUGUGAACAAGCGGGAGGAAGUAAAAUCCUUCAGACAAGGAUAAGUUGAUGACGUGCCAACCAGUCAGCCAGCCAGCCUCCUCGGGCUAUUGAACCGAAUGAAGAAGAGCUAGGUGUCUCAGUGUGUUGGUGUAUGUUAAUGUGUAAUUAAAAUUCACACCGGAUAGUUGAUCGUGGUCUAUCGCGCACACGUGUUUGAUUACAAACCCCGCCCCCAGCUCGGCUCAAUAUUGGGGUGAUUUUUUUUUUUUCGAAAGUGGAGCCGACGGCGGCGGUGGCGCAGACCGACGCUGAACAAGUUUGACUCAUCCCAAACUGGUGCUGCAGAGGAUCACAUCAAAACGAGCCCGUUAAUGGCGGAUGGCAGAGAUGGAAAUCCGUAAUCCCUGUUGCCGAUGGCCAUUGAGACACAAGCAAACACUAAUUGACUGCUCCGGAGCGGGACAAACUAAUUGAAAGCCCGCAAAAGAAGUCUCCUUAAAAAUCUUUGCUCCUUACCAGGAACUCAAACAAGACGAACCCCACCACAAAGAGUAGAGAAAUAAUAAGCUUUCCCCUUCGCAGAAGUUCAUGGGAAGACUUCUGAAAGUGUCUACCCCUCGGAACUCUACCGCCGUAGUCUGCUUAAAUUCCGUCAAAGGACGAGCUCUGAUCAAAAAACUUCACAAUAACAAAAUCCCGCACAAAAGCCGCCGAGCGUCGGGUGGAAAAUGAGAGUGCAUAAAUUUUCCACCCAUCGCGUGAGUGAUGCUGAAAAGAAGAGCGAGUGCCACUUGCAGCUUUUAGCGUCGUCGCAGCAUCAUCUGGAUAGUAGUAACAAUGGAGACGCGUUUGAUUCCAUGGAGCAGCAGCGUUGCACCGCAGGAGGGCCAGUGCCGGACCCGAAUGUAACCACCAGCGGCAAGGUUGCCCGAAUCGCCUAGUUUCUACGCUCUGGUUGUACGGACUUUGGGUGAAAUUGCAUCCCCGAAUCGUUGUACCGCAUACAAGCACCGAACCCGGAGUGCAGUGUAAAAGUUUUUAAUUAUGCAGGAGCAGCAGCAAAAGUUGGUGUCAUCGAGCGGAAUGCAUUUGCCUAGUAGCUAGCGCGGAAAGUUAUCCCACACAACAGCAACAAAAGCAACGCCAUACGAGUGAUGAAUUGCACCGAAUUAGUUUAACAAACCGACAAACUAGAACACACGCUUUUCUCUCGGAACAAGUGUACCUAGCAGUGAAAUAGUCGGAUCAAGAAAAGAAUAGAAAAAAAAAACUUGAACUCGCUCAUAUCCCAGUGCACAUUUGUGAAUCCCGCGUGAAGAAUUGCAUCAUCAACAGCAACAGUGACUCGGUACGACACGUCAGUGAGAGUAUAAUUGAAAAUUUCCGCGUUGUAUCCUCGUCGUCAUCGUCGUCGUCGCCGUCGUCGGUAAAGUGGUGGAAAAUCAGACUGAAUCAAGAUUCACAGCACGCCCGCCGCACUUGUGCAGGGGCAUAUCCCUCAGGGUAUUCAGUGGACGAGUCAUGUGAGCAGCAUUGUGCAGUGCAGCACCGGGCAUCUCAUUAAACGGGGGGAGGUGCUGAGUAAUUACAAAGGCAUUGCCCCACGGAGCGCAGGAGAGAAAGAGCAUUCGUAUCCAUAAAUGAGCAGAUUGUAAUUACACGCUGGUGAAAAUGUUGGAUAAAUUAACGUUUUAUGUUGGAGUCUACCUACUACUGUUGCACAGCAAGAUUAAAGUAUCCCUAAGUUCGACGAUGAUGCUGACCACGGAGGAGUCGGCCGGUCUGCAGCCCUACUUCGACUUUGAUGUACAGCGAAAUAUCACCGUCACCGUAGGCCAAACGGGCUUCCUGCACUGCCGGGUGGAACGACUUGGCGAUAAGGACGUGGCUUGGAUAAGGAAACGAGAUCUGCAUAUCCUAACGACCGGUUCAUCAACCUACACCUCGGACCAACGAUUUCAGGUGAUCCGGCCGGAAAACUCCAUUAAUUGGACGUUACAGAUCAAGUACCCCCAGGUGCGGGAUUCGGGCGUGUACGAGUGCCAAAUCAACAGCGAACCGAAAAUGUCACUGUCCUACGAGCUCAACGUGAUUGAACUGCGAGCGCGGAUAUUGGGACCGUCGGACAUUUUCGUGAAAUCCGGUAGCGAAAUCAUCAUGACUUGCGUCAUCCAACAGGGACCACACGAUCUGAGCACGGUGUUUUGGUACAAAGGAAACACACUGAUACAGUCCACUACCCAGGACAACUCCAUUUACACCACGGAAAACCAGCGAAUCACGGUGGAGACCGACUGGUCCGAUGGGCUUACGUCCAGGUUAAAGAUAAGGCGAGCGGUGCAGAGCGACACCGGCAACUACACGUGUGUGCCGACAAUGGCCAUAUCAUCCAGUGUGUAUGCACAUGUAAUUAGUGGUGAACAUCCGGCAGCGAUGCAACACAACGCAGCCAUCCGACCGGUUCUAUCGCUCACGAGUAUUUUAUUAUUAUAUGUGACACUUUUAGUGCAUAUUGUUGUGAGUAAGCAGUUUAAAAUAUGGCACAAUCACGAUCCGAGAUGAAAUUGGCCCAGCGGCUCCCACCGUGAGCAGCUCUGCUGUUUGCCAUCGCGACCAGGCUCCUGCUGCAGACGACGGCGGCGGUGGUGGUGGAGUCCUUCGGAUGGACGUUCCGAUGGUGAUAGUUGCUGUGGCGAAGUGACAUCUUCCCGCCGCGUCGAGUCGAGCUGGCGGUGGUGGGACUGGUGGAGUGCUACCGACAAUGGCCACCGGCGGCUCUGGUGGUGCUGGUGGAGGUGGUAACUCGGAACGGAACUCCGGUUCGUGCUUUUUGCGGCGGUGCUGGUGCUACAACACGAACUGAACCGAGUCGGACGGUGGU